UCUCUCCCCUGUAGUUUUUAUAAAUAACCAAAAUAAAAACAGAGCACUCCUCUUCUUCACCCCAAACCAGCAAUGAAACUCUCCCCAACCUAAAACCCAACUCCCCCAACUCAAUGGGUUUUGCAUGACCCACCGGAGAUCCCUCUCAAUUUCCGCUCUUCACUCGACUCCCAAUGGCGGCAGCUUCCGAGGAAGUCCUCCCCUGGCUCCGAGCCCUCCCCGCUGCUCCCGAGUACCACCCCUCCUGGGCCGAGUUCCAAGAUCCGAUUGCCUACAUUUUCAAGAUCGAAAAACAAGCUUCCCAGUUCGGCAUCUGCAAAAUCGUGCCACCUGUCCCUCCUGCUCCCAAGAAGACCGCAAUUGCCAACCUCAACAAGUCCCUCGUGGCCCGUGGUGGGCCCUCCGUGGGGAAAGGCCCCAAGGCCCUGCCCACAUUCACCACCCGGCAGCAGCAGAUCGGGUUCUGCCCCAGGAAGGCCCGCCCCGUGCAGAGGCCCGUGUGGGAGAGCGGGGAGCACUACACCUUCAACCAGUUUGAAGCCAAGGCCAAGAGCUUCGAGAAGAGCUACUUGAAGAGGAGGAGGAGGAGGAGGAAGGGAGGGCUGAGCCCUCUCGAGGUCGAAACGCUCUACUGGAAGGCCACUGUGGACAAGCCCUUCUCUGUGGAGUAUGCAAAUGACAUGCCCGGCUCGGCUUUCGUGCCGCUGAGCUGCAAGAAGAAGAGUGCUUGCAGGGAGGCAGGGGACGGUGUCACGCUUGGGGAGACCGAGUGGAAUAUGAGGGGGGUUUCCAGGUCCAGAGGCUCUCUCUUGAGGUUUAUGAAGGAGGAGAUUCCCGGGGUGACGUGCCCCAUGGUGUAUGUGGCUAUGAUGUUCAGCUGGUUUGCUUGGCAUGUGGAGGAUCACGACUUGCAUAGCUUGAAUUACUUGCAUAUGGGGGCCGGGAAGACGUGGUAUGGUGUGCCGAGGGAGGCUGCCGUGGCGUUUGAGGAGGUGGUCAGAGUGCAGGGGUAUGGGGGAGAGAUUAAUCCUCUUGUUACAUUUGCGACUCUUGGUGAGAAGACCACAGUGAUGUCACCUGAAGUAUUUAUCAGUUCAGGGAUUCCAUGCUGCAGGUUAGUGCAGAAUGCUGGGGAAUUUGUUGUCACUUUUCCAAGAGCGUAUCACACUGGAUUCAGUCAUGGAUUUAAUUGCGGUGAGGCAGCCAACAUUGCAACUCCUGAGUGGUUGAGGGUUGCCAAUGAGGCUGCUGUCCGACGAGCUUCAAUCAAUUAUCCCCCUAUGGUGUCUCAUUUUCAGUUACUUUAUGAUCUUGCUCUAGCAUUAUGUUCAAGAACACCUGUUCGCAGUAGUGCUGAACCUCGAAGUUCACGACUAAAAGAUAAGAAAAAGGGUGAAGGAGAAACAGUAGUUAAAGGUUUAUUUGUGAAGGAUGUCAUUCAGAACAAUGAGCUGCUUCAUGUUCUUGGAAAAGGGUCGUCAAUUGUACUUCUACCACAGAGUUCUUCAGACAUUUCAGUUUGUUCAAAAUUACGUGUUGGUUCACAGUUGAGAGUAAACUCUGAUGAUCUCAUUAUAGACGGGAAUCAGGGAAUCAAGCAGGUAAAAGGGUUGUAUAUGGUGAAUGGAAAACUUGCAUCUUCAUGUGAAAGUAGCUGGCAUAUCUCAUUAAAUGAAAAUGGCAAUGUAAGUGCUCCUUCUAAGAUGUUGAACAUGAGUGCGAAAGGAGAAAGUAAUGUUGAAGGGGAAGGGUUGUCAGAUCAGAGACUGUUUUCUUGUGUUACAUGUGGAAUUUUGAGCUUUUCAUGUGUUGCUAUUAUUCAACCUAGAGAGGCAGCAGCCAGAUAUCUCAUGUCAGCAGAUUGUAGUUUUUUCAGUGGUUGGGCUGUUGAUUGUGAGCCUAUCGAGUGUGCGAAUGGAGAUCCAAAUAGUUCAAAGGUUCCCUGUACAGGAUCAAUGCAAAAAAGUGAUGUGCCCGUCCAGUCUGCUGAUUAUCGAAAUCGGACAACAGAUCCAACCAAUGAAGUUGAUUCAAAUACUGAAAUUCUGAGGGGCACUAAUGCUCUUGGGCUAUUAGCUUUGACCUAUGGAGAUUCAUCUGAAUCAGAGGAAGGUCAGGCUGAACAAGAUGUUCCUGUCUGUGGUGAUGAAACAAACUUGUCCGACUGUUCUUUGGAAAGUAGAUAUGAGUAUCAAAGUGCUAGUCCUCCUUCAAGAGGCUCUUACGGUGGUACAGAUGGGAUUUGCAGUCCCACUUCACCAGGUUUUGAUUGUGGGAAAGGACUCCCAACAAUUGAUGGUAAUGGACUCCCAACUAUUGUGGAAAAUAGACGUGAAGGAACUUAUUCCAAGCAUAAUGCUCAUCAGUACUCUGUUGAUCAUAAUCUUGCUUUGACAAAGGUAAAUGGUUUGGUGGGUACAUAUAUAAAUCCAGUAAAGGUUUCAUAUUCUGGCUCUCCAAACGCAUUUGACAUUCAACCAACUGGGUUUGGACAGGCCACAUUGCGGAAAGAGAGCACAGGUACAUCAUCAUUUGCUCCAGGGUUUGACCACGAUUCUUCCAGAAUGCAUGUUUUCUGCCUUGAGCAUGCCGUAGAGGCUGAGCAGCAGCUCCAUGCAAUUGGAGGUGCCCAUAUAUUACUUCUUUGUCAUCCAGACUAUCCACGGAUAGUGGAUGAAGCAAAAGAAAUAGCAGAAGAACUGGGAGUAAAUUAUCCCUGGAAUGAUUUGGUAUUCAGGGAUGCCACCAGCGUGGAUGAAGAGAGGAUUCAAUCAGCUCUGGAUAGUGAGGAAGCCAUUGCUGGGAAUGGAGACUGGGCUGUAAAGAUGGGGAUCAAUCUCUUCUACAGUGCCAGCCUUAGCCGCUCUCAUCUUUAUAGUAAGCAGAUGCCAUACAAUUCUGUUAUAUACAAUGCAUUUGGUCGUAAUUCUUCAGCUACCUCGCCUGCUGGACCUGAGGACUGUGGGAGGAGGCCUGCCAAACAGAAAAAGAUAGUGGUAGGGAAAUGGUGUGGUAAAGUAUGGAUGUCAAAUCAAGUUCAUCCCUUCCUAACAAAGAGGGAACAUGCAGAGAAAAAGGUAGAGAAAGCACAGAGGAGGUUCCUUGAAUCGCCUAUGGCAGAUGAGAAGCUUGAUGGAAAAUCAGAAAGCACACGCAAAACUGUGGUAACUAAACAAUAUUCUAGGAAGAGGAAAAUUACUGUAGAUGGUGGGACAAACAAGAAAGCAAAAUGUCCUGAUGCAGUUUCUGCUCAGUCAGAAGAUGAUAACUCCCAUGAGCUGCAGAACAGGUUCCUCAAGAACAAGCAAGUGAUGGAGAGUGGUCCAACCAAGAAAGCAAAGUCUACUGAGACGGAAGAUGCAGUGUCAGGUGAGAGGGAUGAUGAUGUUUCAGAUAAUUCAAUGGGAGCUGAUUCUCAUCAGCAGCAGCGGCGGGUUGCUAAAAGCAAGCAAGUCAAGCACUGUGCCACUGAAUUCUCUAUGUUGUCAGAUGAUUCUGUUGAUAAUAAUUCUCAUCAGGAGAGGCAGGUUGCUGAAAGUAAUGCCAGAGAGUUCUCUGCGGUUUCAGAUGAUUCGCUUGAGGAUAGUAUCCACCAGCUGCAUAGGAGGUCACUUAGACACAACAAAGGUAAAUUCCUUGGGAGAGAAAAUUUGACAUCACAAAAUCUCUACGGGCGUAGUUCUCGUCAACAACCCAGGAGGACUUCUAGAAGCAAGCAGGCCAAAAUUGUUGUAAAAGAAGACGUGGAUGACACACAGGAUGGUAAUGCUGAAGCUGUUGUGCAGUAUAAGACUGUUCGGAGCAAGCAACUAAAACCAGAAACCCUUCAGCAAAUGAAACAGGAAAUCCCUGGCCGUGUGAGACAAGGGUCCCGCCGUUUACAAGAGAGCCAGCAACAGACUCCCAGGAUGCGAAACACCAUUAAUGUAAAUGCUGAGGAACCAGAAGGUGGGCCUAGCACGCGGCUUAGAAAAAGACCUCCAAAAGAACAGCCAGAAACCGGAAAGAAAAAGGCAAGAGUGCAGCCGGAAACUGGAAAGAAAAAGGCAAAAGAGCAGCAACAAACCGGUAGGAAGAAUAUAAACACUUCCGUAGCUGUGAAGACGAAGAAUGCUUCAGCUCGAAAGGCAAAGAAUGCUACGGCUGUGAGGGAAGAGGAAGCAGAGUUCUUGUGCGACUUUGAGGGGUGCACCAUGAGUUUUGGCACGAAACAAGAGCUUAAUCUGCACAAGAAAAAUGCGUGUCCAGUCAAGGGGUGUGGCAAAAAAUUCUUCUCGCACAAGUAUCUGGUACAACAUCGCAGAGUUCACGAGGAUGACCGCCCCCUUAAGUGCCCUUGGAAGGGAUGCAAGAUGACAUUCAAGUGGGCAUGGGCUCGGACUGAGCACAUUAGGGUACACACAGGUGCCCGUCCCUAUGUCUGUGCUGAGCCAGGGUGUGGCCAGACCUUCCGAUUUGUGUCGGAUUUCAGCCGUCAUAAGCGAAAGACGGGCCAUUCAAAAAAAAAAAGUAAAGGGCGCUCGCGAUGACAACCGGAUGCUGCAAAGUGGGAUGUAAUAAUGUAACAUGACUGAUGAAUCUGUUGUUCGAUUGACAAAUUAGUGCUAGGUGAUUUUCCCUGUAAUUGCCAUUCAGAGUGACAAAAAUUGCUGAUUUACCUUGGGGUAUUAGAGUGAUUCCCUCUAAUUCCCAAAUCAAGAGUGAUUCACCUCUCCUAAUUGAAUC